AUGGUCCUGAACUUCACAGCGGCACAUUCUUCUCGUGUAGGGAAAAACCCCCAGAGGAGAAAUCCACUCUUGAAGCGGUCGUCAUCUUCAACGUUUACAAACAGUAGCACUCGCAAGUCAGCAAAGAGGCUAAGCUCGAAGCAGGAUGUAGUGAAUGAACAUGAAAAUAGCCCCUUCGAUGAACAUUUGAAGGACCUUGGCCUGAUAAACUGUCUCGGAACAGACAUAGAGCUAAAUGACAUACCUCAGCUGAUCGGUCAUGUACUAAGCCAUAGAUUCGAUGAGUUACCAGAAGCUGGCGGUUUCAACAGUACUCGAAUUUCGAAGAUUUUGGCCUUUCGGAAGGCUCUCCCUCCAAUACUAACAACAGCUAGUAUUCAUGGAUUGACGCCUUCGACCACCAGGGCCGAGCGCGAAAUAUCAGAAUUGACGAAGGGUGGCAUUAUAAGAAAAUUUUCAGUCCCUGGCCGAGAUAUUGGAGGGCCAAGUGUGGGGGAAGGCAUUGCCUUAUCGGGUGAUGUCGAUGCUCUUGUUCGACAAGCUCGGGGUCUCGAUUCGGCAUUAGCAAAUAAGUUCUUGACAGAUAUCCACCAGGAGCCUGUCGGGCAAACUUUCCGGUGUGGAGGGAAUUAUACAGCAGAGGAAAUUACUGCGCUCAUGCGAGCCGGUUUCUUGACUUCGAGGUCUGGCAGCAAUCAUUCUGGGAGUAUUCUGUUUCGCUCGUCCUCUGCGUCUGCUAGCACUGCGACAUCUAUCCCCACCUUGUCCAGGGCAGUAUCAGGAUCAGUGGCAGCCGUGGGAGGGGAAGAUGCAAUUCACAAUGCUGGAGGUCGAUCUGGCUUUCGCCAAAUGCAUCUUUCAAAAGAGAAAGAAAGUCUCGAGCAGAACCAAGGCUCAUCAUUGCAGCGUUCCCUCCCAGGAAUGGGCCCUUAUCUCAAGCUUGUGACUGCUGCCCGUUCACACUUGAUCUCCCUCAUUGAGAAGGCAAAAUUUCGCGAGUUACCAUUGUACUUACUGCGAGAACGUUGGGAGGGGCACAUCUCUGCUGAUGACCAUGCGGCGAAGUCAAAGAAAUAUCGGGGCGAAUUCGCAGGUGUGCUACCUGCUCGAACGCGCAAAUGGAAACAAUUCAACGGCCUGGCAUUUGAUUGGGUUCUAGCCGAAUGCUUGGGGGCAGGUCUGAUAGAGAUCUUUGAGACUGGGAGCGUCGGCCAUGCAGCUCGCUUGCUUUGA